AUGUCGCCGCCGCCGACCCUCCAAGCUCACCUCAAGACGAUUUCCGAUACCUUCGAGGCUUCUACCGCUUGCUGGAAGUCCUUCGAGCCUUUUCCGCUGUUCUGGAUGUUCUUUCUGUCGCGUUCCGGGACACCCCCAGGCAAUAAGCGUUACUUUCGCAAUCGGGUCGAACGAGGCGGGUGGGAAGCUCUCGAGCAGACAACAGCCAGCAUAGGCCUCGGCGGCAGUGACUCUGACCCUUGGACUCAAUAUCAAAUAUUUGGCAAGCUCUUGUCAUUCUCGCUGGGCAACAAACGGCUGGAUGAUCUGUGUCAGGCCGUUGCUCAGUCGAUACCUGACAGCAGUAGCCACCCAGCCUCAGACACGAAGAGUCAGACAGCAGCAGGCAAUUCGGAGGCCACAGCGAUCGAGGAGCCGGCUUUCGACAUUGCGCACGAGGUACGCAAUGUUAUUCAGAAAGACAGCGUCUUCCGGAAUCCGGAGAUCAUACGGACCGUGGUUGGAUUCUGGGAAUCAAUACCACGGGGCUCUGACAUCCCAGCUGAGCUGACAUCCCUCGUCGUUCUUGAUGUCCUGUCCACAGCUGUGUCCGUCUCGGUGUUCAACUUGGCUGCGCUCCAUUCCACUGGGGUGCUGUCGCGAUUCCUUCGCGUUUAUUUCACUGACAACAGCAUGCUCAGCGUCCCCGAGAAGGAGAAAGUACUGCAACUCUGCAAGAAACUGAUGUAUCUGGGUGUCAAUCAACCUGCCGAUACUCAGUUUCUUCUCGCCAGCAGAUCUUCUGAGGCAUCUGAUUUUGCUCUUGAAAUGACUUCCACGUACAGCGGUCCCCCUUUCUUUCAGUUUGAUUUAUCUUUGCAUGGCCACUCAUCUAUUGAACUGCCCACCCUAGGGCGCUCAUUCCCGCCCAACACAUCACCAGGGUACACAUUCACGGCAUGGGUGAGGGUUGACAGGUUCGAUCCUUCUUCUCACACAACCUUGUUCGGUGUCUGCGAUGCCACCCAGACGUGCUUCCUCCUUAUCUAUCUCGAAAGGGACACGCGCAACUUCAUCCUCCAGACUUCUGUGAAGACGCAACGCCCAAGUGUGAGGUUCAAGUCCGUCGCCUUCAAAGAACGGCAAUGGUAUCACAUUACUUUGGUUCACAAACGGCCCAAGACCAUCACUGCAAGUAAGGCCUCGCUCUAUAUCAAUGGCGAGUUUGUCGAACAGCUCAAAUGUGCAUAUCCCAUGCCCCCUCCGUCUUCCAACGGAAUAGCAGAUGGAUUUUCGGCCUUCACCACCGCCACACCCAAACCCAAACCAGUACAGGCGUUUCUUGGCACACCGAAGGGACUCGCCAGCCGGCUGGGUGCAGGCCUGGUCCUGUCAAGAUGGUCACUCGCCUCUGCUCAUCUAUUUGAGGACGUGCUGAGCGACGAUCUGAUUGCUGUUCAUCAUGCGCUGGGCGCCCGCUAUCAGGGCAACUACCAAGACAGCUUGGGUGGAUUCCAGACCUAUGAGGCAUCGGCCAACCUGGGCCUCCGGAAUGAGGUCUUUCACCCGGGCAAGGACGAGAGCUCUGAUAUUUUGAGGGCCAUUCGCGAAAAGGCAGGGACUCUACUACCUGAAAGCAAAACACUCCUUAGCAUUCUCCCAACUGCGGUCUUUCGGGAAGAUGGUCUGCAUCAAGACACCCAAAUGCACCGCUCACUGCCGAGAGCAGCUGCUGCCAAUCUUAUCCAGAUGACGCAUCGCAGUGGUUCUGCGAUUGCAAUCAAUGCCGCCUUGCCAUCCCUGCCGGAUGCUUUGGCAAGGACUCACGGCGUUGCGGUACUGAUUGGAGACCCGGUCGUCAUCACACCCUCGCAUUUUGAUGACAACCUUUGGCGCUUGGCUGGCUUCACCCCACUAGGUCUCAAGAUUGUUGAACGUGCUUCCACGGUAGAGGAUAUUGUUCGCGCUGUCGAGAUGCUCUUCUUAUGUAUCAAGAAGAGCUGGCGGAACAGCGAGGCGAUGGAGCGAGACAAUGGCUAUGCCAUUCUCGGCAUGUUGCUGAGAGCGAAACUCGGGUACAGCGCCAAUUUGGGAGCUGAAAGCGUUAACCUCCGCCUGGCCAUUUCAACUGCCGAGCGAGACGCAUUGAGCUUGCAACUAUUAAGCCGCAUCCUUGAAUUUGUUGGCUACAACCACGAGGAGCCACUCGAGUCGUUCAUCAUUAAUCCUUUAGCAUACCGCGUUCUCCUCAUCGACUUUGACACCUGGAGACGAUCCGCAUCUCUCACCCAAGAGCUUUACUACAAGCAGUUCGUCACAUUCUCUGUGAUGAGCAAGUAUCAUCAGUUCAACGGCCGCCGGUUGAUACGCAUGAGAAUUGUGAAGAGGCUGCUUGAUGCCAUGAAAGCCGAGAUGAUUUCAGAAGACGUCAUUUCUCAUCUAAUGAAAGCCUUGGAACAACUCGUCAAAUGCAAUUACACAGCUGAGGUUCACCGUGCAUUGGCCCUCUUUAUCACGUAUGCUUUCCAUUCGCCCGCAUCAUCUGCCUCGAGGACACCAAAACCAUUGUCCAUCAUCAGUCGAUCCAGCACUCCCGGCGGCCUCGUGCGGCGGUCUACAACUGACGUGAACGCACCUGUCGGAAGUGUAGCCUCGAGCUCUCCAUCAUCGCGAUAUCUCACCAAGAAGCAGUUGGGCACCAAAGUUCUAGGCAUGUACGCCGAUUUGCUGUGCGAGAAAGGCAAUUUGACCAAUAUACGAAAGUUCGCCAGGACGGUAACGAACAAGGUGAGGAUGCCCGACGAUCCUCAAUCUGCUUUACUGAGUAUGGACCAGUGGCUGCUAUACCUGUUGGCCGAAGACGAUGCCGAGACGGUCGUGUACGGAGCAAAGACACUUGCACGACUGUUAGUGACUCAUGGGACCGCGUACACUUCCAAGUUCGCAAGCAAGACUGGGGGCUUGACGAUCAUGGCGAAUCGUCUAAAGCGCUGGUGGGAUCUCCCUACCUUGUGGCCAAUAUGCUUCAGCAUUCUUUUUGGGUAUGAUGUUGCUGAAAUUGACUUCACUCGGGAUUUUGAGUUCUUCAGUUUACUGGAGAUUUUCGGCAAGUCCAAGGUUGUGUAUCCUGAGGCUCUCCCUGUCAUCAUCUCAAUGCUUCAGAACGGCCUCAAGGAUGUUUUCAGGAAUCAGGAAGAUCCCAACUCCCCUCAUGCAGAGGAGAGCUCAUCAAUCGCUCAGACAAUUCGCGGUACCGCGGUCGAGACUCGGCCUCGCGCAAGGUCUAUGGAACUUGCGCAAGCUUUGGAAUCGCGAAACCACACACGAAAGCCCAGCGAACAGGUUAUGAGCCAUGCAUCGACCCUAAAUACUGUCAUACAGUUUUUGUCCGACCUUCACUCUCGGUCUUCUGAUUUCAGAGACUUUGCUCUGUCCUCUGAUUAUGUUCGACAGCUCCUCUCUGCAUUGUAUCCUAUUGUUGUUAGCACCGAUGCCUUGACUCCAGAGACGGAACUGGGAUCGCGUGACUCGACCCUUACUUUCGAAGGGGCAGAUGUCAUCAUCCGACCUUUGGCUGCGUCUGGCCCGUCUCCGAUUAUUCGAACGAGCAGUAUCGAGGAUCCGACUACGCCACAGACAAAUUUACGAGGCACUCCUCUCCGCAAAGCAUCGUCUUUCAUCCUCCUCUCCACUGCUUCGCAAGCUUCUGACAGCGCAUCGACGAAAAACAAACACGCCAGGACCACAUCGUCCCAGCACACGAGCGGUGCUACUCGUGAUGGUCUGCUGGAACUGGUCAUCAACGUUUUCAUGGAUCAAGUGCUGAAUCGGAAGGAAUUUCCGGGCUUCGGGCUGUUUUCAAAGGUGCCGCCAGGUUUCCAGGAGCACCAAGCCUACUUCGAGUCCUAUGUUCUUCGCCACACCAUCAAACAUCUGAGCAACAGUAUUCAGUUAAAACAGGAUAUACUGAGCGAACCCAAAGUCCUCACCAACAUGGCCCGAUUCAGCACUCACAUUGGGGAAGCCAUCUUCGAGGGUUGGUUUUUGAAUGGCGCAGAAGUCAUGAUGGAGCUUGGCGGCAUGCUCUUAGAGUACCUUCAACGGCCUGAAAUAUCGUCUCUCAAGAGCGUCCGCCUGUGUCACCAAGCCGUCAACACCAUACGUGAUUCGUUCAUGAAAGCCAUCCUCCUCCGCUUCUCUGAGCUGGACGACCCUCAGACGCCAGAAGAGGAUGCGACGAGGUUCAUGGGGAGGUUGUUCUACUGGCAGACUUCGAUCCUCGGGUGCUUAUCUGGAGAUGAUGAGUAUACACGACUACUUUGGUACCAGCUGUAUACCAAACUUGUAGACGAGCGGGAGUCUAUUCGUCUAGCUGCAGCUAACAUCCUGCGGAUUAUGCUUGUACAGAAGCCUGAGGAAACCACUGCGCUCUUCAGACAAGGCUUGUCAAGUGACGAACGGAAGCUGACGGCAGAUUUCAAAAAGCUGACUGAAGUCGACAACGAAACGUUCGUCGAUUGGGUUGAUCAACAACGACCAUCGCUGGACGCCUUCUUCUUUGGUGGUAUUUCUAAGACAUGGGAAGACUUCGUUGCCAUCGAAAAUCAGAGAACCAUGGAAAGUGGCAGAGUGCGCCUUUUGAGACGGAAGGAGCGCCUCAAGGCGUGGCACAACGAAGCCCUCAUGGCAGACAAUAUCAUGAUCAGACACCAAAUGGCUAACAGCUCAUGGAUGAAGAGUAUCUUCAACAGUGAGCACUUUAAACAUCAGCGUCUCAUGCAGGACCAGCAGGAUGACAUGGCUUUCUUGGCCUCAUCACUCACCAAAAUGGACCGGGAGCUUCAUCGUCCAGGCGCUGUUUUCAGUGAGCACACUCAUCUCAAGUGGAAGCUUGAUCGGACGGAGGGUCGAAAUCGAAUGCGCCUCCGACUAUUGCCCGAUUACUCCAGAGAUCACGAGGUGUUUCAACCAAAGCGAAAGGCCGGCGACGGCGCGAUUGGAUCCGCACCAAAAUUGAAUACAGCCGUGGCGAUCAGUCCGACGCCUCCCUCAGCUACACCCACAGCUCCCAAAGCUUCAUUGGCCCGAGGUCUUGACAGCAACGAUCUCGAAGAUGACUCUGAAGCUACCUUCGCCAAGGCCGAGGCUGCAACUUCCGGGUCAGUUGUCGCGCCGGAAGAUGAUUUUGAGCUUGUGGAUGAUCCAAAUGAUGCUUUUGACGGUGAUGAUGGCUUCGAAGACAAGAAUCGAAAAGUCAUGCGGCGUCUCGAGCAAGGUGAUCAAGUGCUGGCAGUCUACAAUGUUUCCCGCAUCGUUGGCCUAGAAGCAUGCGAGGGCAUCUUGAUCAUCGGCAAGGAUGCGAUGUACAUUGUGGACAAUGUUUUUCAAUGCGCUUCUGGGGAGAUUGUGAACGCAUGGCAAGCCCCACCCGAUGAGCGCGACCCCUUCUCAGAAAUCAUCACGGAUGCGAAGACCACAGAGAAGCGACAAAACCUGGGCCGCAGCGAACAGGAAUCGAGGAGUUGGCGAUGGCACGACGUAAUCAGUAUCUCCAAGCGACGUUUCCUCUUCCGCGACGUUGCUAUCGAAGUAUUUUUCACGGACGGACGAAGCUAUUUGCUUACCACAAUGAACUCUCUAUCAAGAGACGAGUUGUUCGGAAAACUCAUGAAUAAAGCGCCGCACACAUACGCAGCGAGCUCACUACCCAAUCCAGAAGAUGGCUGGAGACUCGAGACUCUGAAGGUCUUCGAAGAAUCCCCACAAGGGCUCAGCUCUAAGUUUGGUAACAUCUUCAAUACUGCGCCAUGGAACCCCUCGAUGAAGAAAUGGCAAAAGGGGGAGAUCUCCAACUUUCACUACCUCAUGCUCGUCAACACAAUGGCUGGUCGUACCUUCAAUGAUCUAACGCAGUAUCCCGUUUUCCCUUGGGUGCUGGCUGACUACACCAGUGAGGAGCUCAACUUGAACGACCCCGCCACGUUCCGCGAUCUCUCCAAGCCUAUGGGAGCUCAGACAUCCGGUCGAGUCUCUGGUUUCAAGGAAUCUUACAACGCCCUGGAAGAGAUAGGAGAAACGCCCUUCCAUUAUGGAACGCACUAUUCCUCUGCCAUGAUCGUCUCGUCGUAUCUCAUCCGGCUUCCGCCCUUCGUCCAAUCUUACAUCCUGCUGCAGGGCGGAUCAUUCGAUCAUGCUGAUAGGCUGUUCCAGUCCAUCCCCCAGGCUUGGAAAUCUGCAUCAUGCGAAAACAAGGCCGAUGUCAGGGAGCUUAUUCCAGAAUUUUUCUGCCUGCCAGAAUUUCUGACAAAUAUCAAUGGGUACAAUUUUGGAAACCGAGAAAGCACUGGUACAAAGGUCGACAAUGUGGUGUUACCGCCGUGGGCCAAGGGUGAUCCGAAGAUAUUCAUUGCCAAGCACCGCGAAGCUUUGGAGAGUCCCUAUGUCAGCCAACACCUACACAGCUGGAUCGACCUCGUCUUUGGCCUGAAACAAAGAGGCGAGGCUGCCGUCGACAACCUGAACGUAUUCCAUCACCUCUCAUAUAGAGGCGCUACCGACUUGGACAAUAUCAGCGACCCACAAGAACGAAGGAUCGCAGCGGGUGUCAUUCAUAAUUUUGGCCAGACACCUCACCAGGUAUUUUCCAGGGCACAUCCGCAGCGAGAUAAUGGUCAAAGCCCUUCCCGGAGACUGGACACGUCCGUUUAUGCCUUGACGCGACUACCCCAUCCUCUGCUUGAAUCUCACGACAAGGUUGCUACACUUAUUUAUGCCAACAAGCUCGAUCGCCUCUUGUGUGCCUCUUCUUUCCGGCUCAAUGUCCCGCCGUACGACAAAUGGUUAGAAUGGGGUUACGCUGAUAAUAGCAUUCGAUUCUUCUUCAGCGACAACCGAAAGGCUGCGGGAAUGUUCGAGAAUCUCCACAUCGGUCAAAUUUCAUGCGUAGUUUUCGCGAAUUCGAAGACACUGAUUACCGCAGGCGAGGACUGUGUCAUCUCCGUGUAUGCUGUGCAGACAGCGCCGGGCCGCCCAGUAGAUCUUCUACCGCGAUCCUCGCUCUUCGGACACAAAGCGCCGGUCACAACAAUAGCUGUCUCGAAGUCCUUUAGCACAUUUGUGUCCAGCUCCGCGGAUGGUCAGGCAUUCUUGUGGGACAUGAACCGAUUGGAAUUUAUACGAAAGCUACCCCUUGCUCGACAAGUCGAAUGUGCCGCGAUCAACGACGUCUCGGGUGAGAUCAUGCUGUGCAGCGGACCCAACGUUGUGCUGUACACCAUCAAUGGAUCCCUGAUUCUGGAUCAGAACGUGUGUAUGGAGCCGGAUGACUUUGUCCACGCCUGUGCAUUCUAUGAAGGCACAGCCAGCGAGUGGCUGGAAAACUCACUCAUUUUCACGGGCCAUCGAAGGGGCCGCGUCAACGUCUGGAGGAAAAUUAUAAGGAACGGCAAAUGGACGCUCGAGCUCCUCAGGCGCCUCGAUCACAUUGACCCUCGCUCGGAGUCAGGGCAGAAUUAUGAUGCUGGUAUCAGUUGCGUCACUCCGUUGCCCCAUUGUGUCUACACCGGGGACGACGACGGACGAGUGUUUGAAUGGAAUCUUGUGCAGCGAGACAGAUAGAGUCCGUUCACGCAGGGAACAAGAUCUGGAUGUUUCGUCGGAAGAGCAGUAUCGAUAUGAAUUAUGGAAUGGGAGGAUUUGUAUUGAGCUGCCGUGUCAUACUGUGCCGGCCCAGGUCUGAGAGCCUGGCAUAGAUAGCGGCCAAAACUUAGACUGUCGUCACCAGCAGAGGCAAAUGUGGUGUGCAUUGAACCUGACUCGCUCGCAUGCUCCAAUGCGGGAGCUGGGCGCUCAAUUCUGGACGAAAGAGUGACCAAAUCCUCCCUCCUAUCCCACACGUCCUCCGACAACACUUAGUGAAGAGCCCCAACGCCAGGUUAUGUACAAUAGUAGGUGUCGAUUCAACGUCGUAAGCAAUGGCUGAUUACUCGUCAUCGUAGCCAGUCAGCUGCUUCCUCGGGCCGGAGGGU